AAGUGACGAACGAUCGUUCCAAAAUACAACAAGGAAGUGGACAUUUAUUAAAAAGGGGGAAAAAAUUGCUAUUUUCAGAUCUGAAACAUUCGGAUUAUUAAGUUACUGUAUACAUUUAUUUUUUUUAAAUAUUUUUUAUGUUUCGGUAUUUUCUAUAAGUCAUCUUGGACUUGGCAAAAACCCGCUGCUGUUCGUUUCGUGGAUCCUGAUUCAAACUAGUUAGCGAUGAACACGGACGUCGAAUUUCACAUUAGGCAGAAUUAUCCGUGGAACAAGCUACCAGCAAAUGUCAAACAGAGUGUUGGGAACUCGCAGCGUGAAUAUGAGAAACAUGUGCAGUUGUACAGUAUCCGCAACCAGCUAAGGUUCCGCAAUAACCUAGUGAGACACGUGAGGAAGGAUGAGAGGAAGUACUAUGAGGAGCUGUUGAAGUACAGCCGAGAUCACCUGAUGCUCUACCCCUACCACCUGUCAGACAUCAUGGUCAAAGGCCUCCGCAUCACCCCCUUCUCCUACUAUAUCAGCAUCAUGGAGGACAUCAUGAAUGUAGAGAAGAGUUACGACUCGCUGCCCAACUUCACUGCUGCUGACUGUCUAAGACUGCUGGGCAUCGGGAGGAACCAGUAUAUUGACUUGAUGAACCAGUGCAGGUCUUCCAAGAAAUUCUUCCGUAGGAAAACAGCGCGGGACCUGCUGCCCUCCAAGCCAAUAGAGAUCUCUGUAGAGGCGUGGUGGGUGGCUCAGACCGGAUACAUCACAGAGGAUGACAUCAGGAUCUGCUCGUUGGCAGAGAGGAAGGCAAUUGAUAAGAUGAUUGAUUCAGGACCCCAGCUGGCCGGAUCAAUGGAGUACAAUGUGGUACUGAGUCUGUACAACAGGGGAUACAUCUAUCUAGACGUACCCAUCUCAGAUGACAGCUGUAUUUCAGUGCCCCCUCUGGAAGGCUUCGUGAUGAACAGGGUCCAGGGAGACUACUUUGAAACCCUGUUGUACAAAAUAUUUGUGUCCAUCGACGAGCAGACUAAUGUGUCAGAGCUGGCUAAUGUUCUGGAGAUUGACUUGGGCCUGGUGAAGAAUGCUGUGUCUAUGUACUGUCGCCUGGGUUUUGCCCUGAAGAAAGGAAGCUCGUUCAGCUCAGAGCAGCUCCACCCCACAUGGAAGACUGCCCCCUCUGUCAACAGACUGAAGAGCACUGUGGACCCCAAACAGAUGCUGCUGUCGUGGGAACAGGGAAGUCCUGUGAUGGAGGCUGGAUCCUCUGCUACAGACACCACCAGCCUGGAGAACCAAGACAACACCAGUGUGAGCAGCCUGAGUAACCCUGGUCCUGCUGCCCCACCCACCAAGAGGAUCGCCUUCCUGUUUGACUCCACCCUCACCGCCUUCCUCAUGAUGGGGAACCUCUCUCCGAACCUGAAGAGCCAUGCGGUCACCAUGUUUGAGGUGGGGAAGCUGUCAGACGAGACCCUGGACAGCUUUCUGAUGGAGCUGGAGAAAGUAGAGAGCACGGCGGAGGGCGAGGCCCAGAGGUAUUUUGACCACGCUCUGACCCUCAGGAACACCAUCCUGUUUCUCCGCUACAACAAGGAACUAACCACCGACCAGGGCCCUGACCUGCCUAACAACGGCCUCCCCCUGGAUAUGCUCCGCUGUGAGAGUCUGCUGGGUCUAGACCAGGCCACCUGCAGCCGUGUCCUCAACAAGAACUACAAACUAUUGGUCUCCAUGGCACCGCUCAGCAACGAGAUACGACCUAUCAGCAGCUGCACGCCUCAGCACAUUGGCCCAGCCAUCCCCGAAGUGAGCUCCAUCUGGUUCAAGCUCUAUCUGUACCAUGUGACCGGCCAGGGUCCCCCCUCCCUGCUGCUGUCCAAGGGCUCCAGGCUCCGGAAACUACCGGACAUCUUCCAGGUUUUUGACAGGCUGCUGAUCACUUCCUGGGGUCACGACCCCGGUGUGGUUCCUACGUCCAACGUGCUGACCAUGCUCAAUGACGCCCUCACACACUCCGCUGUACUCAUACAGGGCCAUGGGCUGCAGGGUCAUGGAGAGACAGUUCACGUCCCCUUCCCGUUUGACCGGGAGGAUCUCAAAGGAGAGUUCUCCUCCUCCAACAUGUGUGUCCACAAGGCCCUGCUGCUGCUGAGGGAGAAGGUGGAUCUGGAGCACCAGUGUGGUUACAUCACCAUGCUCAACCCCAACAACAGGCACCGCAGGAGGGCCAGCGAGAGCUCCGACGGCAGGGGAGACAGUCAUCUGGGAGGUGGGUUGGAGGCCAACAGCAGCACGGAGUCCUUUGAGCUGGUCACAGAGGACAACAAUGGAGGAAAGCAAGCAGCAGAAGUGCCGUUGACAGAAGAUGAGUGGGUCCCUCUAGAGCUGUGCUUUGGGAUGCCUCUCUUCAGCUCCGAGCUCAACCGCAAAAUAUGCCGAAAGAUCGCCUCGCACGGCCUCUGUAGCAAAGACAGCCUUCAAGACUUACUUCAUUCCAGCCGAACACUGUCAUUGAAUGUUCUGAGUUUUGUUCAGUCGUUCCAGGAUGGCAGCCAGGGUCAGCCCGACCCUGACAGUGGAGUGUCCGGUCCUCUCAGCCAGCCCCCGGCCGAGUCUGGUGUUCCGCUGCCCGCUCUCAACCUCAUCUUCAAGGAUGGACAGCUGAGGGAGUGGAGUGGACGAGCACCUCCACCCCUCCACAUCUCAGCCCUGCAGAAAGACCAGACCUUAUAGACCCCUCCACAUCUCAGCCCUGCAGAAAGACCAGACCUUAUAGACCCCUCCACAUCUCAGCCCUGCAGAAAGACCAGACCUUAUAGACCCCUCCACAUCUCAGCCCUGGAGAAAGACCCGGCCUUAUAGAACAUGUCACCUUAUCUCAAACACACUGCAAAACACCAGCCCACAGUAGCCCCACCCACCCUAAGCCAUUCCCAAGACCUGAUGGUGUUACUUUGGCGUGGCCAUGAGGAGAUUGUCUGUACUGGUCAUUUACAGUGGUGAUAGCUGGUGAUGUCUAGACCCUUUAGGACAGUGGUUCCCAACCUUUUUUGGUUACUGUGCCACCAACUGAAUUCUGCUCUGCCUGGAGUACCCCUGAAGUACCCCGUCAUGAGGAUUUUACCAUUAGGCCUGUGGUCUCACAAGUCUUCUCAAGUAACCCCUGUGGAUAGACCAAAUACCCCCAGGGGUCCUAGUACCCCUGGUUGGGAACCACUGUAUCAGGGCAUCCAGAAAACAUAGGAAACUAUCAAAAGUAUUGACAACGCUGUGAUAUUGAGUCCAUAGAGUUCAAUAGAAGUUCCAUUUAAAGUCUAUGUUCAAUGGUUAAUACAUUUGCUAAAUAAUAGAAAAAGAUUCCUAAAUAACUGUAUUUUUUUGCUGACCUCAGUAGGUGUUUUUGAUGGACUAAUAAGCCUGGAAUGGUUUGACUAGUUAGUGUCUGUAGAGCAGGCAUGGUCAACCCAUUGAUUUUGUUAGUCACUCUCAUUCAGAUAUAUUAAAAACUGCAAACAUUUCUCCCCACCCUAAAAAUGUGUGGAAUUGCAGUAAAUUUGUUAGAAAAUCUUGCGUGGGUACGCUGACCCUCGAGCCACUUCGACCCUGCAUGAUGGGUACGCUGACCCUCGAGCCACUUCGGCCCUGCAUGAUGGGAACGCUGACCCUCGAGCCACUUCGGCCCUGCAUGAUGGGAACGCUGACCCUCGAGCCACUUCGGUCCCAUGACAGUUGGCCAUCCCUGCUGUAGACUCCCCACACUAGACGAACCAACCCAACCCCUCCCUCCUCCUUCUAUUUGACUAAGUUUAGAAGCCCACCCACCCCCAUGCAAAAAAAAAUAUCUGAAAAUACCUACAGUGGGGCAAAACAGUAUUUAGUCAGCCACCAAUUGUGCAAGUUCUCCCAC